AUGAGCUCUGCUGACCAUGUGCUACAACAGGAUCGUGAGCUCUGGAUCAGCAACGGCAAUUGUCUGGUUUAUCUCCAUGGCAGCGAGGCCACCAAAGACAAGGAUGCAACGAAAGCACCGGUUUUCAAAUUGCCGUUUUCUUUCCUCCUCAUGACAAGAUGCUAUCCCUUGAUACAGCGAUUCUUGGUCAUCAACAACCCUAGCGAGCGCGGGGUGAGAACUCCCCGCACACCAGGCGAGAUAAACAAAUGGCACCGUUCAAAUCCGAAACGAACGGUUGAGCUUUUCAUACCGGCGCCACUCAACGCGGAUAAGAAGAAAGUUGAACGCCACCAGCUGCUGAUGAGGAACUUUUUUGCAUGGGUUCUCCGGCGUCCUCUUGUUGGAGAGACUCUCGGGGAGGCAAUGAUUGGCCUGCUGAACUGCAUGCACGAAUAUCGAUCUGGCGGGAAAGUGGAUAAUGCGGCAGACAUUAUGGGGUAUCUCGACGAAAAGGGCUAUCUUUGCUUGGCUGGCCAACCGGCUCAUGCGUUGGCCGUGUUGCAACUGGCCGAGACGUUUCGUAUGAAGGACUUGUAUCUUCAAGCCCUGGCACAUUGUGUGGGAAUGCGGGACAUGCUCCUCUGCAGGCGUGAGUUCAAACACACCAGCCCGGCCACUCGCAAUCUGAUUCACGAGAGCGAGAAUGAGUUGAAAUCUCGGUUCAACAGGGCGUCAGCGAUGCUGGAAAACUUUCUCGACCAAGAGCUUUCCGAGGCGCACCUCGGCAUCCCGCUCGGUCUUCGUGCUCACCUGGAACGUUUCAGGAGCUUUUUGCUUUCUUUCUACAGCGUGAGGCUGGGCUACUAUCCACCAAGCUCGUUUGAUGCGGCGGUAUACCGUGCUAUGGCUGGGGAUUUCAAAGCUCUGUACCGCCUCUUGGUCGACGAGGCAUACAGCUCGUCUGAAGCCAUGCCGUCCGUUGCCGUGGGCGGCAUCUGCACCCUGCAGCUCAUCCAAUCCUUGGACAUGCAUAGCCACCUCGAGCCCAUGAAACACCCGCUCCCCAAGCUCCCGCAGCUGGAUCCGCGGCCUCGCCCGAGACGCUUGGCGUGGCUACCACGGGGUCCGAAACAUCGCGCAGAUGAGCGCCAACUGGGACACGCCGCGCUUCUUAACGCGUCGAACUGGGAGGAAGACGUGCUCGACAACAGCCUCGUUCGGGCGUACAGGCAGUUCGAAGAGGACUGCGCACUAGAGCGCAAAAGGCGGGAUAGGAGGGAGAGGGUUUCACUGGUCGACGGACGCAAGGUCCGAUGGAUCUUGAUAUAUGCCGUUCACCAGACGCUGCGUUACGCUACACAGAGACCCCAUGGCGUGCAGGAUGACCCCAGCGCUCGAUAUCUGGUGACGAUUGCCAAGGACACCUUGCCCCCGUGGCAGGACAAAAACACCCGUGGAGGACUGAUUCGCAGCCAGACUGAGCCGGCACUGAACCGCCUUGGGAGGCUGCACGACGCGGACCUGGCCACUGCCAUGGAAAGGUUUGAAAUCAAGCCAGACAUUGAUUAUUUCGCAUUGACUCACAAGCAAGAUGCUCCCCCUCCUCCAAGGUCGAGGCGAGCGUCACUCCCGCCUCUAGCUACGGAUAAUCCAAGCGCCCUGUCGCGAGCGAGCUCGUUCAAGCAGGUAUUGAAUCGCAGCUCCACGAUUCGCAAGUCGGUGCGAAGAUUGACGCAAAGUGCCGCGCCCCCCUCUCUCCCCCCAUCUCCCGUCACGGCAGGCAAGCCUCUGUAUCACGAAAUCGUGGUCCACGGCUACGGCAAUGGAACAAACGACGUCCGCCUGGGAUCCCGCGCGGGCCCCCCGCUGCCGUCCUCUGAUGUCGGCCGGAGCGCAUCCACGGCGUCGGAAACAGCCUCCAGCAACGCCAGCACCGUGCCCAGCUCGGCAAGCAUGGUGGACACGGCAGAAUCGUCGCUCGGCUCUCCAGUCCCCCCUGACUCACCAAUCGAAAUACUACUACCCAAAACCCGGCGAUGGAGCACCCACGACGCCGCCGUCCCAUACGGCAACAACAGCCCACCAGUGUCAAAAUCCAACUCGCUCAGGCGGCGGCCCAUCAGCUCCGCCUUCGAAGGCUACACGCAUGCCGCCAAAGCCUUUGGGCACUUUGUCGACAAUGAGCGCCGCAGCAUCUUUGCCAACAGUCGCCAGAGCGGCGCCGACCCGAAGCGCAGUAGCUCCAUCGCGCACAGCCGCUCGAUUGCGCUGCCCAUUCGCGAGGACGACAUUGCCGAGGAGACGUGCCUCUUGCCCAGAGACUCGGGCGACUGGACGGCCAUGCAGGCGUUUCUGGACGGGAAGGGGGUGGACACAGACGCGGGGCAUGCAUGGGAGCAGUAUGCCGACUUAGGGGGACUAACAGAGGUUUGGUGA